UGAUUUAAAGCUAUUUCCAGGUGGUAGACAGGUGCUGCCAUUUACUCCUUGCCUUUCUCCGGAGGGGACUAAUUGUUAUAGUCCCAACUCCUAUUGGUGCCUUUUAUCUCUGCGUGUACUCAAGUGAGAACCGCCAAGGAUUUUUCGGUCUCUGGUUGUUUCCUCUUCAUCCCACCCAGGUCUAGAAGUGAUCUCCGCGACCACAGCAUGCCAUGAACGGCACUCCUCGACUUCGGUCUGCGUUCCCUCAAACGCCUCAGACAGCCCAACGAACAAGGAACUAUGGAAGCUACGGGCCCAGCACUCCAGCAUUCAAAUCGCCUAGGCCUCGCGAGCCCAGAGAGCUCAAUCCUACCCCAAAAGUCUCUCAGGAUGUCGACAGCUCUUCUUCACCGCUAGUGCCGACCAAUUUGAUAGAUGCACCUUCGCAAAGACUCUACGUCGUGGCGUUUUAUAUUGCUCUCAAUACUUGGCGGUUGUAUGAAUCUUGGUCUGCAUCAGACGACCUGGAUUCGACAUGGCUUUUCAUGAAGUGGAACUUGAUUGACGGCAUUUUCCUUUUCGGUCUCCAGGCGCUGCGGAUACCAUGGCUCGAAUGGGCUUUUCCGACGACGCUUUCGAUCUUUCUGAUCCAUAUUGUUGGCAAUAUGUUUUUGAUGUUUCGCAUUCCGAUUCCAGUGGCCGCAUGGCUUUCGGGAGUGGCCAAGUUGGCUUACGAUAGGGAGUUGUCGAUCUCUGAGCGAAGUGUCAAACCGGGAGACAUCAUUCACAAUUCAUCGCUUAUUCUGGGAAAGCAAAUCGUCCAUAUUCUGCCGGAGGGUUCUGCCGUUCUCAAUCCGGAUCAUACGCCACUUUGUCUAGAUUCGCACAAGAGCUCAAUGGACUUGCCCAUCCGUGUCAACCAAACCGACCCGAUCAUUAUCGAGCUGUUCCGCCUAGAUUUCGACAACGGUGGUAACGAGACAAUUUCUAUCCCGUCAAAACAAUUGAAGCAGAUGAAGCGUCAGGCGGACAAGCAGCUGUCGAGCCCCGAUCCGGGAUCCCACCGUGAUCUACUGUACCCAGUGCGGCGGCCUGGAAUCUAUCGUUUGCAGAGGGUUGUGGAUAAAUCCAACCUUGAAGUCCACAUGCAAGCCUCUGAUGCACUUGUGGUCCCCUGCCCUCGUGCUACUAUCAAGAACACUAUUACACACAAAUGUCGAGGAGAGCUGUCGAAUCUGGUAUUGGAGGUCGAAGGAACGCCUCCAUUGAAGAUCAAGUACAGCAGGCAGGUGAAUAAUCUUGACCGCGGCUUUUCUUUCCAAACCAUCCAGCCGGAUAGCUUGCGCUCGCCAUUGUUAAGCCAGAAGCGCACCGGUGCGCUUUUCAGCUCACGGCAAAUGGACGUAUCCUGGGCUCAGAGCCAGAGAAUUGAGGUUCCUUUGAAUGAGUCUUUGAAUGCUGGAGGCGAAUGGUUUUACGCUAUUGAGGAAAUCCAUGAUGGUUCUGGAAACGUGGCGAAUUAUUCGACAGCCUUGGACGAGAUGGACCGCCCAUCAGCGAAGUACUCAUCGCAGUCGCACCAAUUCUCCGUUCACGAAAGACCCCGAUUGUCCUUGUCUGGAUGCGAUGACCGGCACUUCUUAGAAGUUGCUAAAGGCGACAGCAUCGAUCUACCAGUUAAAUAUCAGCCUGUCGGUAGAGGAUACAACGGGGACGGGCCUUUCUCACUCACAUAUUCGUUUAGCGGAACCGGCCAGAAGACUCGUCAAUUAUCUUUGAAGAGUCUUGACCUAAAUCCUCAGAUAAAGGAUCCCGGCUGGUAUACGUUGGAUGCCAUUUCAAGUCAACACUGCUCGGGAGAUAUCAUGGAACCCUCUUCGUGUUAUCUGCACAACCCGCCCGAGCCUGAGUUGGGUGUCCGACAUGAGAAGAUCUUCGACAAAUGUGCUAAUAACUCGGUUGGGUUACUCGUCGACUUGGACUUUACGGGCUCGCCGCCGUUCCGCCUUCGGUACAGUGUCGAGCAUUCCAGAGGCGUUGAGACCAAGUCGCUCAAUGUUGAUGGACUGCGUACUCAACUUGAUUUUACACCUUCCGAAGCAGGCUUUUACCGAUAUCGUUUCCUUGACGUUGCAGAUGCUGUCUAUGCUCCGCGGUCUUUGAAAGACAAAACACCCGUUUUAGAACAGGAUGUCAAGCCUCCGGCCUCUGCCCAUUUUAUCGGAUCCAGAGAAGUGCGAAAAGCUUGCUUUGGCGAGCCAGUAUCUGUCGACAUUGCCUUCAUCGGCGAAUCGCCUUGGACCCUGCAAUACGAACUUGUCCACAACGGCAAGAAGACUAAAUAUGUUCUUGAAUCUGAAAGCGAUGUCGCAAGUAUCGUGACCGACCGACUCGUCAGCGGUGGGGAGUACAACCUUGUCCUGACAAAUAUCAAAGACCGGUCGAACUGCAAGCGGAUUUUGAAGGACAAUAUCAAGGUCGACGCCCGCCCUAAGCCACCCCAUGUGUCGUUCGGCCAAAUUGACCGAAAGAGAAGCGUCUUGGCUUUGCAAGGUUCGAAAGUCGACAUUCCUCUCAGACUAAGCGGCGAACGGCCAUGGACCGUUAAGUACAAGGUUGGGGACGCCAAUUCUCCAACACUUGAGAAAGUGCUCUGGCAGGAAAACAGUAUCUUAAUUGUGGAUAAUGAGGGGCAUUAUGAGCUUGUCGGUGUUACUGACGGCUCUUGCCCUGGAACUGUCGAUCAGUACGCCAAAGUAUUCGACAUCUCUUGGAUACCUCGACCGCGGGUCACAGCUGUCGAUGGAUCUCCUGUCGGGCCGGAUAAUAACGUGGCGAAGCCUGAAGUGUGCCAGGGUGAUGACUCCAGCGUUGAGCUUCGGCUUGCAGGAAACCCUCCAUACAGCCUUCAGUACGAGCAGCAGCGGAAAACGCUUCGCGGCUCAUCUUCCGUUCGGCGACAAAGCUUGAAGACCGCCAUGAGCGUGGCGUCCAUGGGAAUGGAUACUUCAGAAGCUGGAAGCUACACUUACAAGUUCACGGAAGUUGGUGAUAACCUUUACGAUCAUGAUCCUCGAAGCAGCCCUCUGGUAAUUUCUCAGCAAGUUAACCCGUUACCAUCGGCACGGUUCGAUUCACCUGGUCAUAUCUACGGUUUCUGUAAGGAAGAUGCCGAUGGCAAGGAACACCUUCCGAUCACGCUGGAGGGCGUUCCUCCAUUUUCUCUGGAAAUCAACAUCAAGCACCAUUCAAAAUCAAAGCCAGAGACUGUCACUAUUCCUAACAUCGACUCCAAUCGACACAAACUUGCCAUCCCCAGACGUCAUCUGGACCUGGGUCAACAUGUUGUCAGUAUUCGUAAGGUCCGCGAUGCCCGCGGCUGUCAGCGGACGAGCGAGCUCGACACUUCGUCUGUUAGGGUUGCCGUCUCCGAUGUGCCAACGAUCAUUCCUCUCGAGUCAAAGACUGAUUAUUGUGUUGGAGAGCGUCUUUCUUUCACGUUGUCCGGCCAUGCACCGUUCGAUGUUUUCUAUACUUUCAACGAUGCUCAAAGGAAGGCUACAUCUCGAACUUCUGAUUUCCGUCGUAUUGCGGAACGGCCUGGCGUUUUCACCAUCAACGCCGUGAGCGACACGGCCAGUGGCAGGUGUAAAGCGCACAAAAAUAUCACAAAAACUAUCCACGAAAUGCCCAGCGUCAGAAUCAGCAGAGGUAAAACCUCGAUUGUGGAUAUUCACGAAGGUGGAGAGGCAGAACUGCAUUUCGAUUUCUGGGGCACGCCACCAUUCGAGUUCACGUAUAUUCGGAGUUCAAACGCACCAAGAGGGAGGAAGCCUGAAAUUCUCGACAUCAAGCACGAUAUCUCUUACGAGCAUAAGAAGACCAUCAAGACUUCCGACGAGGGUACUUACGAAGUUGUUGCGAUCAAGGAUAGUUACUGUUCGUUCUCUUCUCAGGCAGCGAUCGAAAAGUCUGAGAAGUCGAGGACAGGGUCAUGAAUUUGGAGAUAGAAACCAUUGUUAAUGACUUUCCUUUUUACUUAUAUUAUUGUCUUUUUUUGCAUCUGAUGUCACAAAACGAUUG